ACUAGUCACCUUAUCCUCCGGCUAGCCGUUCGCGUGCAGCCGUUCUAUCUCUCGCCAAACAUUUUCUCUUGGAAGGCAUUCGUUUUCCUUUUGUCUCUUUGAGAAAAGUAUCUUCCUUGUAAGCCAUCCCGCAUCCGGGCAGUGUAAGUCAACCACUCCACUCCCGCGCGCUCCCCUCUCGCGGCUUCGGUUCUUCCGCCCGCCGCCGAUUGCUGCCGAGAUGAGGUCGCAGCUUGAUGCCGCCGCCACUGCGUCUUCGCCGCCGGCGUCCGCUCUCCGCCCCUGUCCGCCUCGGGCCCUCCUUAGGGUUUGCGCGUUCCCCGGGCGGUUCCGCGUCAGGCGCAGUGACGGGAUGAGGGUUAGCUGCUCGGCUAGCCAUCUUCCGAGCGGCAUCAAACGAGGAGGAGCAAGAGUGUUCAAAUCGGCAAAGAGAACAUGCGGAAAGGAGACGGAGUCUAAUGUGAACACGCCAACCACGUCGGAGGCAGAAAAUCACCUACACUUUCCUGUUAAGGGAAACAACAUGGUGAAUAUAGUAAGCAUCACAUUCUGCCUUCUACACAGAGUUGUUAUAGGCCAGAUGCAGUUAAUGAUGAAAUCAUUCCCCAGGAUAUCACAAAAUAUUACAAGUUUGCCAUUUGCUUGCAUAUCUGAUCCUAUUAGAACACCUGUGCCUCUUAAGCUAGAUGUGACUCUUCCACCACUGCCUGAUGUCAGAUGGAGUAUUUCACGCUUGUACUAUCUAUUCAAUACACAGCUUGACCGAAACAUUGCCUUGUCUAUUAUCACUUUGCUCGUCACAUGCUUUUCUAUUGUGUUCGUUGGAGGAUUGCUAUUUCAUAAGUUCAGGAAGAAAGAACAGCCUCUGGAGGACUGCUUAUGGGAAGCUUGGGCAUGUCUAUGUUCAUCAUCUACUCAUCUGAAACAAAGGACACGUAUUGAGCGUCUUAUUGGGUUCUUUCUUGCUAUCUGGGGUAUAUUGUUCUAUUCUCGUUUGUUAAGCGCGAUGACAGAACAAUUUAGAACCCAAAUGCAUAAGGUAAGGGAAGGAGCCCAGUUGCAGGUCCUUGAGGAGGAUCAUAUCGUUAUCUGUGGAGUCAAUAGUCAUCUGACGUCCAUAUUGAAUCAGUUGAAUAAGUUUCAGGAAUCAGCAAUUCGCCUAGGUACUGCUACAGCAAGGAAGCAGAGAAUUCUCCUUCUCUCGGAACUUCCCAGAAAGCAUAUUGAGAAGCUUGGAGAUACCAUAUCUAAAGAUUUAAAUCAUGUUGAUGUAUUCACCAAGAGUUGUAGCCUUAGCUUGACAAAAUCAUUCGAGAGAGCAGCAGCAAACAAAGCAAAGUCUAUAAUCAUCUUACCAUCAAAAAAUGAACGAUAUGAAGUGGAUACAGAUGCAUUUCUUUCUCUGUUGGCUCUCCAGUCUCUUCCACGAAUUGCAUUGGUUCCUACCAUUGUUGAGGCUUCUAACUCGACUACCAUCGAACUUCUGAAAUCAAUCACAGGCUUAAAUGUGCAACCGGUGGAGAUGGUUGCCUCUAAGUUGUUUGUGCAGUGCUCUAGGCAAAGGGGCCUUCUUAAAAUCUACAGACACUUGCUUAAUUCUCGCAAGAAUGUUUUCAACAUUUUCAGCAUUCCUGAAGUAGGAGGCAUGAAGUUUAAGGACGUGAGACUUAAAGUCCAAGAUGCAGUCGUUUGUGGUAUUUUUCGGUCUGGUGGGAUUCACUUCCACCCAGGUGACGUUGAAGUAUUGAAAGAAACAGAUAAAUUGCUUCUUAUUUCUCCUGUCUGCGGGAGGAUAAAAUCACAGUAUUCAGUUUUAAAUAUAUCUGAACGAACAGAUAAUUCAGUUAAUUACUCAGAACCAAAAGAGGGUCAAAGAUCUUCUAGUGUGGUUACUGAGCUGAAGGAAACGCGGCUAAAGAACAUUGUAGAGCGGCCGUCAAAAUCACUCUCUAAGAGCAGCGAAUGUACACUGGGACCAAGGGAAUGCAUACUUAUUGUUGGUUGGAGGCCAAAAAUUACCGAUAUGAUUCGAGAAUAUGAUAAUUACCUUGGACCUGGUAGUGUAUUGGAAAUAUUGUCAGAAACCCCUAUUACAGAGAGGACGAGUGUUGUCAACCCCCUUAUGCAGAGCCAACUUAAAAAUAUUAAAGUUACUCAUAAGGUGGGAUGUCCUAUGAACUAUGAUACUUUGAAGGAAGCGAUUAUUAACAUUAGGAAAUCUGCCAAGUGUGACAAAAAUGUUCCUCUUUCAGUCGUGGUGAUAUCCGAUAGAGACUGGCUCAUUGGAGAUACUGUACAGGCUGAUAAGCAAUUGGCAUAUACCCUUCUCCUUGCUGAAAAUAUUUGCCAGAAAAAUGACAUUAAGGUUCAGCAUCUUGUAUCAGAAAUUGUAGACACGGGGCUGGGAAAGCAAGUAAGAAUCUUAUUAUAUCUCAACUGCCCAGUUCAUCAAAUGUAUUUAAAUUUUGGAAAUAAGUUCCUACCUCUGCAUUUUAUGCAGAUAACUAGAAUAAGACCCUCCCUUUCAUUUAUUGGAGCAGAGGAAGUUAUGAGUCUUGUGACGGCACAAGUUGCGGAAUGUAGUGAGCUGAAUGAAGUAUGGAAGGAUAUUCUGGAUGCUGAAGGAGAUGAGAUUUAUAUUAAGGAAGUAGGACUGUACAUGAAGGAAGGAGAGAAAAUAUCAUUCACUGAGCUGUCUGAAAGGGCAGUUUUGCGUCGUGAAGUUGCCAUUGGUUAUGUUAAGGACCAGAAGCAGCAUAUAAAUCCUACGAACAAGUUGCAGCCACUUUCUCUUGAGAUGACAGAUUCACUCAUCGUGAUAUCAGAGUUUGAAGCUACUUUUCCAACGACUAUUUUCGACGGCUAUAUUUUCAACGGCUAUAUUCCAGGUCUAUAUAUACCACCCCUCCCACCUCUCAUUCACCAAUCCUGGUUGUGCCUUCUCAUUCCUCUUCUGAAUUCCUUUGUCUUCUCUCACACAACAGAAUGAUGAGUGGAAACAUUUCUUCUUUGGAUAUGCUCAUGAAUUCGUCGUCGUCUUCAUCUGACGACGACGAACUCAUUCUUGUAGCAUUCGCAGAGCGCGAGAAGGAAGAGCAGAGGAAUCGUCGACGCCAUGGCGGUUCCAAGCAUGGACAUCAGACAAUCAAUUGAGCAAGAGAUGCAGGAUUUAUUCUACUAUGGAAUGACUACUUCAAAGAGCAAGAGAUGCAGGAUUUGUUCUACUAUGGAAUGACUACUUCAAAGAAAGUCCUCGCUAUCCCGAAAACUUAUUUCGGCGAAGGUUCGUAAUUAGUACAUUUACUUAAUGUCUGCCUAUUUUUCACCUCCCUAUCUCAUUUACAUUUUUACGAAUAGGUUUAGGAUGUCCCGUAAUUUGUUUAAUCGCAUAGUUGAAACUAUACUUCAACAUGAUUAUGAUGGUUAUUUUACGCAAAAAAGAAGUGCUUGCGGACUUCUUGGGUUGCAUCCGUUGCAAAAGAUGACCGCAGCAAUGCGAAUGCUAACUUAUGGAAUAGCAGCUGAUAGUGCCGAUGACUACAUCCGGUCUGCAGAAGCUACUAAUCUAGAGGCUUGCAAGAAGUUUGUGAUCAAAAUUUGUGAAGUCUUUGGGGACCAAUACCUGAGAUCUCCAAAUGAAGAAGAUACUACAAGAUUACUUGCAAUAGGGGAGGAAAGAGGAUUCCCUAGUAUGUUAGGGAGUAUAGAUUGUAUGCACUGGGGUUGGAAAAGUUGCCUAAGAAAAUGGCAUGGCAUGUUUAAAGGUCAUGUGAAAGAGCCCACAAUGAUCUUGGAAGCAGUUGCUUCCCAAGAUCUUUGGAUUUGGCAUGCUUUCUUUGGUUUACCAGGGUCAAACAACGAUCUGAAUGUUCUUCAACGUUCUCAUGUGUUUGCAAAGCUAGCUGAAGGUGAAGCUCCAGAAGUGAAUUAUACCAUUAAUGGUCAUCAAUACACAAUGGGGUAUUACCUUGCAGAUGGCAUAUAUCCACGAUGGGCAACAUUUGUGAAGACCAUACCAUCUCCACAAACAAGAAAGAAGAAACAUUUUGCCCAAAGGCAAGAGGCGGCUAGAAAGGAUGUGGAACGAGCCUUUGGAGUUCUGCAAUCCCGUUUUGCCAUUGUUCGAGGACCUGCGAAAGGAUGGAAACGUAAAGAAAUCGGUGAUGUCAUGAAAGCUUGUGUCAUAAUGCAUAAUAUGAUAGUUGAAGACGAACGACACACUGGUUAGCAAAACAACACUUAUGAGGCAAUGGGAGAAAGAGUCAGGGUGUCCUCUACUCAUGCGGAAGAGCUGAGUGCAUUUAUUCAGAUGCAUCAGCAAAUUAGAAAUAAAGAUGAACAUUCUCAGCUUCAAGAUGAUCUGGUUGAGCACCUCUGGCAGAAGUUUGGACACGAAUGAUGUAGUACAAGUAACUUUGUAGUCUAUUUCCUUUCAUCUAGUUUUUCAUGUAUGCAUAAGAAAUAGUUGAAGUGACAAAUAGUUCAAGUCACAAAUAGUUGAAGUGACAAAUAAUUCAAGUGACAAAUAGUUCAAGUGAUAAGAAAUAGCAGACAGAACAACAAAUGAAGGUCAACCAGAUGUGUUCUGGCAGCGAGCAAUGAUCUCAUCUUGUUUA